AUGCUGCAGCUCGCGUCUGCGCCGGCUCACGCCGCGCGACCACCCCGCGGCGAGCUGCAGACCUCCUUCGGCGCCGGACAGCUGGCCGUGGCGGUGAAGCUUUACUCGAUUUCGCUCUCGCGCUCGGUCGCCGACAGUCUAUCCGCCGACAUGAAGCUCGCCGUCGCCGUCAUGUACCGCGAUGAGGAUCUCUCCCGCGUCUGCCAGCAGAAGGAGCGCGUCGCGUUUCGUGUGGUGCCUUCCGGGCGAGAGGGGCCGCUGUUCAUCUUGAUCGAGAGAAUCUUCGUCCUUCCGUUCUUCAGCGACUUCCCCGUGGGGCGGCCUGCGAUUGACAUUCUCGUGGUCGAUGAAUCUUCGAGAAAUCUGAGGAACGAAAUUGCCAGAACCGUCAAGCUCUUUGCGCGCGCGGCUCAGUAUCCAGAGAAUUCGUUCAAUCCCGGAUUUCUCUGGGACUCGGAGGCGUUGAAGCGCGUCACUGAUGCCGCUGUUUUUGACGGCGGGAAAGGGAAGCGAGAUCGCCGCAAAGGCGUGGAAGGAGUCUCCUCAAAGUCGCUCGAGGAUUUGCGGCUGCUAAUUGACAACGCGAGGCACAGCCGGGCGAUCCGAGACACGACACUGGCACGUUCGCAGCCACUCGGAGAGGCGACAGCCGGCGCCCGCGGGACGGCGGUCUCGGGCACGCGCGUGAGGCGGCAGCAGCUACUCCACGAGGCUCAGCAGCUGCAGCGGGCGGAGAUGAAGGAGCUACGGGGCAAGCGCUUGCUGGCGGCUCGGCGGCGGACGGUCCGAAACCUGCGCGCCGAGUUUGCGCAGCGCGACUGGGGCGACGCGGAGCAGGACGAGGAAGAAGACGAAGAGGAGUGGGUGAGGCGUGAGCUUGAGAGAAGGGAGCAGCUGCGCCGGCAACGGGAAGCCAAGACUGUGCUGUAUGGCGACGAGCGGGAGGCUGCUGCGGCGCUGCGGAAGAUACGCGCACGCGCCCUUGAAGUAUCGCUCGCGAAGCAAAACGCGUCGGUCUCCAGCUGGGUGAAGGUCACGCUGUUCAACGAAGCCGGCGACGAGAAGGACGAGGAGGAAAGUGCCAAGCACGUCAGCGUGUUCCCCGAACUCAAUGUCAGGGGAGGGAACUGCACCCUUCGAAGCUUAGCUUCGUUUUUUCUCGAGACUUCGCCGGAGGAGGUUUUCACAAUCUGCCCCGUGCCUCUCUUCUCGCCGGACUGCAUUUUUCGCACGAUUGGCGAGUUCCUGCGGGACAGCACGUCGGAGUCGUCGGUGGGCAGUGUCAUGUGGCUUCGAUCGCCUCAGUAUGUGUGCAACAACCUGCUCGACGCCGUUCUUUCCCGAGACAUUUCUCUCGCGCGCAUCACAGACGAAAUCGAUCCGAAAGACGGAGAUACCCUGUACUGGCACCUCUUCUCCUCGUGCCAGUGCAUAAGCGCAUGCAGCGUUUUCGCCUUUAUCGCGACGAACAUCGCCGUCGAGCUCAUCGAGAAACAGCUCUUCAAUAUCUCCGAGGACUCGCUCCUUAUCGGCUCCUUCCCGUUCGAUAACCCUGCACCGCGCGUCGCGACACGGCGGGAGAAGGCGCGGCAGACAAGCGUGGACGUCAAGCGUCAGGAGACGCUGGCAGAGCGGCUGGAGACUCUGCAGAGGCGCGUCGCGCGCGCCAGCGACCGCACCUUCCACCUGGUGCAUCUGAUCUCGCUCGAGACGCGGGCGAGUCAGGGCGAUACGCUGACGGAGCGCGAGCAGAGGGACUUGGAAGAGUGGCGGGAGCUGAAGCGCGCAGAGGAAGGCAGGCGGCGCUUGGAGCUCUACUCUAAGCGGAGUGGCGAGCCCGAGCCGUUCCACGACGGGGGCGGGAUGUGGGUCGACGACGGGCUGGACAGAGACCUCGAGGACCGCGAUCGCUUCGACGACCGCCCCCGCGGAGACGGCGACCGGGGGGAGCGCGAGCUCACGGAGGCUGAGGAGGAAGAGCGCCGCGCGCGCCAGGGAUGGAAACGCGUCACACCUGGAGCUGCUCGGACCAGCGGCGGCAUGAACGCCUUCAACAGACUCAUGCGCCGCAAAGAAGGCGAAACGCUCGAGGAAAUCCGCCGUCGCAUCGAUCGCACCGAGCGCGAGAGACGCGCCAAGGCCGGCGAAUGCGACAGACUCGACCACGUGGAGCGAAAAGCCAUUAAGAGACGGAAGGUCCUCGAGGCGCUCAAGCGACAGUGGACCGGCGGCGACGUCGAACUGCGGCUCCUACCUGAUGGCCAUCCCUUCCACGUCUUCAAACUCUUUAAGUUCGACCGCAUGUUCAUGGCGAAGACGGCGGCGGAGGCGGUAACGAGCGGAGGGCACCUCGCGAUUUUGGUGCUGGGGGACGAAGAACACAGUAUCGAGGAGGCGAGCAAGCUGUACGGCAUCGAGAUCCAAGCGCAGAGAAUGGUCAACGAUGCUGUCGUCGAGCUGAAGAAAUGGGGAAACAACCAGGUCUGUCUGAAGGGCGUGAAAACGGGCACGUCGAAGAAGGGCUUCACGAAGAAAGCGGAAUCAGCUCGCAACUACCGCUCGGUGCUGCAGGCUCACUUGAUGGCCGCUGUUGACUACAAGGGCUUCCGCGUCGUCGUCUUGCCUCUGCCAGCCACCUUGCCGAAGCUUCUCAACUGGCCGCAGCCGGUCUCGUCGCAGCUCUCGCAAGAAGUUGCGUUCGUCGAGGAGCGUCUGAACUUGGCGUCUGUGCUCAAGCCUCAGACGUGGCGAGUGACAGCGCAGCCGGCGGAGUUGUGGAUGAAGACGGUGCUUCUGUCGCUCGAUCCCAGCAGCGACGACUCAGUCGUCUUUUACCGACUCUGCUUCGCGUUCCCACAAAUGGCAAGGCUGAACGUGGACACCUCGAAAAGCCGCCUGGCGUUUGCGGGUUUCGAAACCGAGUGCGAGCCGAAAAUCUGCGAGCGCAUUCGUUGCAACGCCUUCGUCCACUCGCGGGACUUCGAAAUGGCUAUGCGCCACCACCAGACAACGCAGCAGCAAGAGGAAAAUCGUGCAUUAACGCGCCUCCUCCAAAGUGUCACCGCUACCAAGAACGCGAACGCCUCUUACUGGCGAGAUCUGCAGCGACCUGCGCGCGACGUGUCCGUCAACGCGUACGCGGACCCCCUCGUUCAUUCGCCCUCUGCUAGCAUGUACGACCCCCGGAAGGCCCUCAUGAAUUUUUUACUUGGACAGAAGAGCACAGCUUACAAGGAGACGGCAGAGCCGAGCACCGCGGGACCCAUUCCGAAUCGCCGCGCGCGGCUGCUGGCCGUCGCGGUGCAAACGGAGAUUUUGAACAAGGCGCUGGCGGAACUGGAGUGUAUGGCGCCCUUUGCGCCGAUGGACUCCAUCAGCCUCACAGAAUUCCUCCACCUGAGGGGAAUCAAUAUGCGCUUUCUUGGCUUGAUGAUCCGGGGGACGCGGGCAGCUUGGCUUCGCCACAUGCUGCUGACGGAAGUCGUAGCGCGGACGCUGAAGCGGAUCUUGAAGGACACCCUGCGCUGCCUGGUCUUCGCGGCGCGCAGCUACCUGCAGGCGGCGAUAUCUCGUGCUCAGCAAGGUCGACUGAAGGGAAUUCUGAAAAAGCCGACUUUCGACCCGAGUGGGGUUGACCGAGACAAACGGCUCUUCCGCCGAGACUCAGGAAGCCGGGACGGGAAGGAGAGCGACGACGACCGCCCCUGCAGCUUUGGCAUCUCCAGCAGCGACGAAUGGGACACCGAGCGCUGCCACGAUGCCCCUGACGAGAAAAAACUAAAGUUUAGCCGCGGCGCUCUCCUCCGCGAAGCCGCCCUAAACAUCCCCUUCGAUGUCGCGACGCAGCUUCUGGACGAUCUCCCGUACCUUCUCGACCUCAUGGCUCAGAAAUUCCGGCAGUUCUCCUGGACCGACAUCGUGGUGUUGAAUCUCUUCAACCUCACGCUCGGCGACUCCUCGGAGAGCGAUGAGUUCUGGGGGAGCUUCCUCGCUCUAAAAUGCAACGAGUGCUUCGACGUGGAGGCGGCGAGCAUCUCCAAGAGUUGCAUCAGCCGCGCGGCUCUCUACGUUGCGAUGCAGCAUCACUGCGGCGUCUCCUUUCUGCCUGGGGCUGGCGCUUUGAACGACAUGCGACCGUCUGCUCAUCCGCUCCAGCCGUCGCACCUUCGAAUGUGGCUUCCAGCCUUGAACCGCACGCUGGAGCUGCCAUCUCGGCUGCCACUGCUUCAGCUCGUGACAGAUCCGAGCAGAAUUCCUCUCAGCUGCCAGCAGGACCAGCAGCUGGUGGUGUCCCCGUCCCCCUCGCAGAUUCUGCUGGCCAAGAUGAUGGGUCACAUGCUCGUCCAGUGCGCAGUCCCGCUGUGGCGUGUGUGGGAGACGGUGGAGAAGGGUCUGAGUACGGCGGAUCUCCUGGCGCUCUACGUCUCGACUAAGGCACACCCUCUGUUGAUUCGCCAAGACAACUGGCACCUGCCGAAUGCAGUCCUGGAUAUCGUUGGAUGUGCAGUCAGAUUCGGAGUUUGGCAGGUCGCGCGCCAUCUGGCUGAGAGGUGCCUGAACCUCUACCCAGAAUCUCAUGCAGCAGCAACUCAGGCGCGUCUCAUAAUCUACCUGAUCGAGCUCCACGGACGUGGCUUGCCGCUCUCGAACCCGCGCUUGCCUGCUAUCAUCGCUGCGGCGGGGCAGGCGGUGAAAGACCACUGGGAAGGCACGCACCCGGCGCGUUUGGACAUUCUCACGUAUCAAGCAUGGCACAUGCACGUCUCUGGCGAUCUCGAAGAGUCUGCUUUGCUGCUGCGCGAAGCCCUGAGUCUCGCAGGCGUUAUGAGCGGCCAGAGGAGCUACACGGAUCGCCAGGAUGUGCGCAAGCUGCUGAUGCUCACGUCCCUGUCUCUGAGGCCCUUCAGAGAGCAACUUCAAACGACGACUCCCCGCCAAGUCACGAACGUGCGCAUGGCGGGGCUUCUGCGUCUUCUGGCGCGCGUGAAACUGCUGUGGCUGCUGGAGUGCGACCAGAAGCAGCAGCUUCGGGCGUUCAGUCCGCCGGCCUACCGCCUCACGCUCGCAAGAGAGGCCUGCAACUGCCUGCAGUGGGCGCUCGACGCAUACGACUUCGCUUUGGGCACAUCUUCGCUGCUCACUGUAGGCACUGCGCACGAACUAGCCCUUGCGAUGGUCGUCUUGAAGGAGGCAACCCGCAGCGACGAUUCGGUGUACCUCGUCGAGAUCGCCGCUGAGCUUGCUGCGACGGCGCUGAGGGUGCGGACACAGCUUCUCGGCAAGGAGCAUGUGUCGACGAUCAACUCAGCCGUCCUUCUGGCGUCGCUUGUGGCUCAGCAGGGCAAAUACGUGCAGUCCAUGAGUCUAAUGGAGGCGGUCAUUCGCAACACCGUCAUAAGAGCCACGCGGUCCCCCGCCAAGCGACGCUACCGACCAGACGAUUCGUUCGCAGUGGCCCUCUGGUGUCUUCCGGACACCUUUUUCUACGGCACGUUUCAGCGGCAUGACCGUCAUGUCCAGGCGCGCGCGCUGCAUGCAACGCUGAUCGCCCAUCGAAAGCGUAGACAGAUGGAAGCCGUCGAGAAGGUGCAAAAAGAAAAAGCGAAAAAAAAACAAAAGGCGCUGGCGCUUCAGCUUAAACGCAUUGCUAGGGGGGAGGAGGGCGACGCUCCGGGUAGCGAAGCUGAGAUCUCCUCUCUCGACGAUGCAGGCGACGAUGAUGGGCUGGCGCUGACCGAGGAUGUCUUGGCGAGUGAGGACAGACGCGCCCACAAAGAUCCCGACGCGGAGGUGGCAACCAUCACACUUGCUGAACAGUCAAGAGACUGCUAUGUCUUCGAAACGCGACAAGACGAGGCUCCCUCAGAUCUGCUCAUUCCCAUCACAACCGAUGUUGAAGAGACUCUUGUCCGCAUCUACAUCAACUACGGCCUCGACAGAGCCGUGGAACGCCGGCUGUUUUCUCUUUUUUUGACGCUGGAUGUCCUUGAGAAAAAAGGCUGCCAGAGCAUUGCUGCGACAUUAGCCCGAUAUCAGCAGGCGUCGGCGGGCGACGGGCAUCAGUUCCUCGGUUACUUGAACUGGCUUCUUGAUUCCUCUGUCAGCUCGGACUUGCAAAUGCUCGAGUACAUUCAGCACUACCCGCACAAGUUGUCGCUGGCGCAGAUUCUUCAUCCCGACGGGGAUUUGUCCUUUGCCCUCUGCCAUGCAGCCGCGCCCACGGAGGGAUCGAAAUACACAACCGCGCUGGAUCGCUACGUCAAAAGUCUAAUUAACAGGGCGCAGGCGGCGGUGUUUGACGUCCAUGUCCGUCUAUUGAUGGGGGAGAAACCCAAGCUCUUUGUGGCGAAGGAGAUUCCCAGCUGGAAACAAAAGCUCAUCAAGGCGAUGAAGAAGAUAAGGUGCAUUCUCGUUCUUCGUGAUGCUUUUUCCUGCGCACACAUCCGUGGUGCGGCGGUGCGUAGGCUACCGGACGAACUCAACCCGGCAGUGGCGCGCGCCACUAAGUCUCUGCUCAGCGACGAGAAGUUCCGCCAACUCUUUCCGUACCAGGUAGUUGAAGGUGCUGCGAUCAACAAGAUACGCGAAAAGCAAAGUCUUCAAAACGGAUAUUCUCAUAUGCGAACCAACAUUCGUCUUCCGCUGGAUUUAAGGUCUGAGGCGCUGGAUAUGCUAGCCAGUCUUCUUUAUCACUUCAUGGACGUCCGCAUAUUCAGGAAGAGGUGGGAACGAAGACUCAAGGACAACCGAUGGGCAGCACCAGCAGAAGAUGAACAGGCUGAGAGCGGCGCUGGCGCGGACCUCACGGAGUUUGAAAAAUCCGAUGCGUGGGGAUCUUAA